AUGGAGUUAGACCCUAGGGAUGUCAUUACCGCGGACCCGUAUGACAACAUCACGUCUGAUGAGGAUGAGGAGAGUAAAAUCCAGCGGGAACUGGAAGAGAUGGAGAGGAGAAAGAAGGAUUUGGAAAAGCGAUUAAAGCUGAAGAGAGCACAUGUAAAGCCCACGGAUCUUAACCUGCAGCUUGAUGUUCAGGUACCAAGCUCUCCUCAAAAGAGAUCUGUUUCUGCCAUUGACGUUGCACGGAAACGGAGAGAGGAAGCGGAGGCCAUAAAGAAACGCAAUCUCUCCCUGGCAUUGAAUACUGCACAAAAGGUGAACCUGAAUGAGGCAAGGUUUGCGCAAUUGGAUGGGGACGAUGGGAAGCAGUCGGUAAAUGCAACCACGAGUUACUUUCUUGAGAAGUUCCAACAAUCGAAGAAGACGGAGAAGUUGGAGAUAGAGGCACAGGAGACGAUGCUCAGUGCCAGAGUUCAUACUUUCCAAGGAGUCGAUAAAGAGUUUCAACUCGAAGCUGUGAACGAACUGGAGCAAUUUUCAGAUUUGUGGAUUUCGAAAAGGUACAUUCCGAAACAGUAUUUGGAAGAAUCUCUUCGAGACGUGAAACUACUUCGUUUGAACAAACUGUUUGCUAAAGUGCGACCUCCGAAAUUCCAAGAACCACAGUACUCCAACUGGGCUGUAUUGGCAAUUAUAAGCAAGAAGAGUGAGGUUAAGUUCACGACAUCUAAGAACCCCCAGAAAUUUAUUAGGUUUACAUUGACCAAUUUCCAACAACAGUUAGAUCUGUUUGUGUUUGGGGACGCUGGAGUUAAAAGGUACUACAAUCUGCGAGAGGGAGACAUCGUGGCCGUUUUGAACCCUGAAAUUUUGCCCUGGAGGCCGAGUGGGGGUUCUCAACAGACAACCUCGAUCAAAUCUUUCAACUUGAAGAUAGCGCAUAAAUUCAAGUGUAUACUGGAGAUUGGCAAGAGUCGAGAUUUGGGGUACUGUCCUGUGACAAAGAAGUUCAGUAACGAGAAAUGUGGCUCUGCGAUCAAUCUGGCAAGGGACCGGACCUGUGAGUACCACCGUGAACUACAAAUGAGACAGAACAGUUCGAAGCGGUUGGAUUUGAACGGUGGGUUUGCCCUGGGGGCACCGACAAAAGUGGGCACGCAACCAGACCUUUUCCGGGAGGCCUCAGGACGCUUUAAGCAAAGUGCUCGUUCCUUACCACGGGACCAGGGCAAGCGGUUCUACACUGAGCCGAGUUGGAACUCUCGGCACGGCCAGGGCGGCAGUUCUGAGGAAAACUAUGGACUCAAGGGCAAGUUCUUUACCAGCUCGAACGCAGCGAAGGCUUUCUUUGACGACGAGUUCCAAAACCCUGACAUGUUGCACAACCUGGAUGCGAAGCGGCGGAAACUACAGGACUCGAAGAAGUCUCGGCAGUUAGACCGGAAAUUGAAGCGGUUGUUGAGCAAAGAUGAGGACCGGGCCACUUUAGACAAGAACACUGCGGAGAUGGCCGCGUUGAAGAGGACCACAGAGACGGCACUGCACACUGGGUUGAUCCAGCGGCUUGGGUUCGACCCUACACACGGCAGAGCCGCGUCUGUUAUGAAGAAGAGGGACAGCGAACGUGGGUCCGGCGCAAACGAGGAUGUAGCGCUGUCUCAGAAGGAGAACAUGGUCAACGAGUUGCUACGAUGGAAGAGGGAUAAAUGCAACUUGCUCCCCUCUGAGACGCAGUUGGCACACCGGAAACAGCACCGUCGCGAGGUGUGGAGGGAGACCUUCGGGAAGAAGGGGACUCCGGUGGACUCACAACCUGUAGACAACGACGACAGCGAUGACUUGGAGAUCGUGUAG